AUGGCACAACUUUUGGCAGCCAGAAGUGAGCUGACCAUUUGCCUGUCAGCUCACACCCCACAACUCAGAGAGUUGAAAGAGGUGCUGAAUAAGCUUAAUGGAUUGGAGACAUCCAUUGCACCAACAGCUGAAACAAUCUGCAACAGUUUGCUCGGGUUGGAGGAGUCACAGAAGCGCAUGGAUGAUCUUCUUAACUCGCCUCAAACUCUUCAGAUACUCUCCCAACACCAACACGGGAAAUGGUUUGAAGAAGAACUUGUCUCUCAGUAUAAGGAAAAUGUAAGAGCUCUUGAAUCCUCACUCAGAAGAAGAAAAGGAGAUUCAACUGCAGAAGCUGGAAUCGCAAGAUUCACCAAUUUCACCAAGAAAAUGAAGAAGGAUGCCAAAAGAUUAAUCUUGGCUUUGAAGCAAGUAGAUUGCGAGACUGUCACCACAGCAUUCCUGGAAACAUAUCAGGAGACAACAGCUGUGAUUAAAGCACUAAGGGAAGCCAAUGCAGUUUGCGUUUCGGUUAUCCAAAUGAUCUUUUCCUUCUUGUCUAUGCCGCUUUUGAAGCUGAAGCAGUCAAAAUGGUCUUUGGUUUCACAACUGAUACACAAUGGAAGAACAGAACACGAAGGCGUAAAAAACAGCACGAUCUUGGAGACAAAACUGAAGACUUUUGAGAUUCAACUUGACAGCAUCGAAAAGGGAUUAGAAGGAACAUUUAGGAGCCUCAUUAGAUCAAGAAGCUCGCUCCUGAAUGUUUUCUCCUGCUAAUCUAGCUUUUCCUACUCUAUUAACUGUAUAGUUUACAAUAUUCUGUACAUGGACGAUUUUGUACUUAUGCCCUUAUGCUAGAAAUACACAAUACACAAAUUUAAAGAUACACUCCAAGCUUUGUGUAUCUUUCUCUAUUUGACUUAUAUGACUCCCCUUCUCCCCCUAACUAAGAAGCAUUAAUCUGGAAAGGAACAAAAAAGAAAGAUAGAAUCCAAUGUAUUAUACAUCUCAUGGGUUAUAACUUAGAAGACAGUUUCAAGUUUCCUGAACAAACAAUAAAACUUGCUUGAGCUCUGAUUUUCCAGCAAGAUGCCUAUAAUAGAUACAUUUUCUAGUAACAGACUUCAGCGUAUCUUGCAAAUUGAUUCAUUAAGUUAAUUUAGAAACUAAGUGUUACCCCGUUUCGGCACAAAGUAGUAAUUUGUAGACAAUUCUAUCUUAAAACAUU